AUGUUUGGAGAGAUCAAGUGGUGGGAGUACGAUCUCAGUCACAAGAUAAUCCGUGACAAAAGCCUGCUAAGAAAAUGGGAGGCGGCCGGCCGGAAGCUCAACUUCCGGCCUAACGCUGACGUAGCAGACAAGAUCAAUAAGGCAAAGAAGAAGCGAGCCGCACAGCUGCGUGUCUGGGGAGAAGCCACGAAGCGCAUCCGUGAGGCCGUUGAACCCACAACCCAGCCCAGCACAGCGUCGACGAGCAACCAAGGAGAAGCUGCACGUCCUGCGAGUAUUACUCGUGAGGAUGCUGCCCACGUGCUCCUAUACUACUCAAUUCAGAGCAUUUUGACCAGUAAGUAA